UCACGGCUCUUACAGAAUCUCACAUUGCUCCCAGUCCUAUUCCCAACUCAAGAGAAGAAGAAAGAAAGUCGGAUUUGGCCUGCGCAACUGUGACCCUUCUUUCUUCUUCUCAUUCUUUUUGCUUCUCUUAAAUUUCUUUUCCUUCUUUUUCUCUUCUUGUUAUAGCCAUUGAGUUUUAAUGGCUCAAUUAACAACAUUAUUGAUGUCCUUGUUAACACUUUUUCUAUCAACAAAAGGAGUGAUUUCAACGACUUUUACCAUAUUAAACAAGUGCGAUUACACGGUAUGGCCAGGCAUUCAAUCCAACGCAGGAAUAGCUUCACUUACAACCACAGGCUUCGCUCUGCAGAAGGAUGAGUCCAAAACAAUCACUGCACCAGCCUCAUGGGGCGGUCGAUUCUGGGGCCGAACCCAUUGUUCCCAAGACUCCACAGGCAAAUUCUCCUGCGUCACAGCUGAUUGCAGCUCCGGCAAAGUUGAGUGUGCAGGAAGCAACGCUCUGCCACCGGCAACUCUAGCCGAGUUCACGCUCGAUGGUUAUGGCGGUCUAGAUUUCUUCGAUGUUAGCUUGGUCGAUGGGUACAACCUCCCUAUGCUUGUGGUGCCUCAGGGUGGGAAAGGUCAGAACUGUUCAACCGUUGGAUGCGUGAGCGACCUUAACGAGUCUUGCCCUUCGGAGCUUAAGGUUACGAGCACCGCCGACGGAGGUGAGAGCGUCGCGUGUAAAAGCGCGUGCGCCGCUUUAGACCAAGAUCAGUACUGUUGUAGAGGCGCGUAUGGCACACCAAACACUUGUAAGCCUUCAACGUACUCUCAGAUCUUUAAGACAGCCUGCCCACACGCGUACAGUUAUGCUUACGACGACAAGACCAGUACCUUCACUUGUGGCGCCUCGCCGGAUUACACCAUCACCUUUUGCCCCACCCCUAACACUAGCCAAAAAGCUUCACAAGAGCAAAGCACGCAAACUCCCACUACAACGACAAGCUCACCAACCAUCAACGGCACAAUGAUCUACGAAGGUGCAGAGUUAGAUCAAAGUGGAUGUACCCACGUGUUCGGAUCCAAAGCCAUUGCGGUUUUUGUCAGCAUCACAGUGGCAAUAUGGCGGUUUUCGCAAUUCUUCUAAUUUUUCUUUAGCUAACUUUUGUUAGGCCCAAAUCAUGACCUACAACUUUAUAGCCCAAACAAGGAUGGUAUUACAGGUAGUGGGCCCCCUACUGGCUUUGUUCUUAUUAUAGGCUAUGUGACCUGGAUAGGGCCCACACAAAGUUGGCCAUGGUAAUGUGGUGGUGAGUCAGUAUUGAUGGCACCAGCACACAUGCUAAGAGGACAUUCAAUGUGAAAGAAAGUGAAAGAGAGUAGUGCUGCACGAAUAGAACUUUGUUAGGCGAAAGAAAUUAAUUCUUUUGAUAUAUCAUUCAAUUUUUUAGAUAAGGGAGGGGUUGGGUUUCAUGUCAUUGUUGGGUAAAGUGGCUAUAUUUUAUGUAAAAUACUCAAAUAUUAUUGAAUUUUUUAGUAUUGCGAUUU